AUGUUCAAUUUUCGUCAUUAUGCCAUCGCCAUACAGGACUAUGUCGAUGAAAAUCAAAACUCAUCAUCAUCCGACAACAAUGAAAGCAACAUUCUUUCUCUCAAACUUGGAGAUUUAGUGUUGAUUUUGAAAGAGUUUGAAACUGGGCUCGGAUGGUCUCUCGUUCAGAAAGUGGAUAUUCGGAAAGUAAAAGAAAGUGGAUGUCGUUUGUAUGAUCAUCAAAUGAUCUCUCCACAACAACAACAAGUUGGUUUUGUUCCGAGUGCCUUUUUGAGUACCAUUUUGUUUGAUCCCGAAACCUUUGAUCCCUCUCGUCCGUUGGAUUUGGCAAUAGCCUUGGCAGAAGAUGGUGCUGCGUAUCAGAAAGAAAUUGGUGUCUACUUUUACAAGUAUGAACCCUAUUACAGAGAUGUCUAUCAAGAUACAUGCUAUUAUUCAAAACAAAAGAUUCCAACCAAUACACCCAAAAUGCAUUGUUUAGAGAUUGGUCAAUCGGUGGAUGAAUUUAAUGUGGGUAUGAAGGAAUGGUCCAAGAAGAGUCUUGAUCAAUGGAAGGAAAUUGCCGAUCAAAUGGCCAAUCGAUUUUCGUACCCGAUUCAUGACAUUUUUAUUGUCAGGAGAACAAAACACCCAGCUCAUUUACAUUGGUUGGUGAAAGGUGUCUAUGUUGCAGAGACCAUUAAUAAUGCAUUGAUGUCAUUUCCAGAUCGUCCUGGACUUGGAUAUCGAAGAAAGUUAAAGCAGGGCGUUUUUGAACAAUACCAUCGUUGGUUGACUUUUUCACAAUUGCAUGAAAGAGUGCUACGCUUUGGAAACGGUCUUCGAGCGAGAUUUAACAAUGAAAGGUUAGUGCUGCAGCCUCGUCAAUCGCAAGAUGAGGUUGGUCGAGGUUUUGUUGGCCUCUGUUCCAUCAAUAGACCUGAUUGGUUUAUUUCAGAUUGGGCUGUGUUGACACAAGCAAUGGUCUCUGUACCCUUACCAAAAGCAAAAGUAGAAUGUAUUUCAGAUGAUAUUUUCAACAUGGAAAGUGUGAAUGACAUGAAAUCAGUCUCUCAUGAAAUUAUUCAAAUUAUGAACAACUCAGAAAUUCCUGUUGUCGUGUGCAGUAGAGAGUUGACUGUGAAAUUUUUGAAACUUUGCAAGAACGAUUUGCUACCUAGCGUGAAAGCAAUUGUCCAAAUGGAUAGUUUGUUGAUACAAGACUUUGAAGUAGAAGAGUUUUCAAAACAUUAUUUCUCUGAACAUGGAAUUUUUGAUGAAUUUUUGCAAGAAAAGAGGAGAGUCUAUCAACAAGGGUUGAAAACUAUUACGAACUAUAUUAAGGAUCAAUCUGAAGGUGUCUUUCCAUAUUAUUAUCUUUUGAAAAAUAGGUAUCCUCUAGAAGAUAGUAUUAAUCUAAAUGUCACUAUCAAUGAUCUUUGUGAUUGGAGCUUGAGCGAUGAUGACUUUGUCUUUAUUAAUUACAUUGACAAGAAAGAUUUUGAAUUGGAUUGGAAAGCCAAAUUACUUGCAAAGGAACUCGGAAUUGAACUUACAGACAUGUCUUCCAUUGAAGAAAGCACUUUUGCGACAUUUCCAACCUAUUCAGAUGAACUCAAACAAAGCAUUAGAACCAACAAAAGUGUUAACGAUAUUUGUACGAUUGUGUACACAUCUGGUUCAACCUCUACAGAACCAAAAGGAGCAAUUAUUACUGACAGCCACUAUAACUCUCAACUCCAACAUGAGUUGUAUCAAAAUCAUCCGUUGGUUUGCAUUUCAUUUAGUCCUCUCUCACAUAUUACAGAUAGAACUAACACAACCAUUACUUUAAUCAAUGGUGGAAGAGUUGGAAUAUUUUGUGGAGAAAUGGAUAGAAUAUUUGAAGAUUUUGCAUCUAUUCAACCUGUUACGCUUUCAACAACACCUCGCUUCUAUAACAUGCUUCUUGCAGAAUAUCAAAACAGAAAAAAGAAGAAUGCAGAAAGUGCAGAUCCAGUCCCAGAGCAUGUAUUAUUUAGAGAAUUUAGACAUAUUCUUGGUGGAAGACUCACUAGUAUGGUCACAGGAGGUGCCUCAACCUCACCUGAGGUUAUUAAUUUCCUCAGAGAAUGCUUCAAGAUUCCAGUGUUCAACGGAUAUGCCAGCACUGAAUGUGGGUCAAUUUCAUGGGUGGACAGAGGAGAAUUUGAACAAACAUAUCUCACCGACAAAAUGGUUCAAGACAAUGCUCAACUUCCAAAACACAAAUUAAUUUUAGAAGAUGUUGAAAUUAAGCUUGUUGAUGUUCCAGAACUCAAUUACUAUAUCACUGACGAGCCACAUGCAAGAGGUGAAAUCUGUGUUAGAUCCAAGUCAUGUAUUCCAGGCUAUUACCGAGAUCCUCAAAAAACCAAAGAAUUAAUCGAUGAAGAAGGAUAUUAUCGUACAGGUGAUUGUGGAGAGAUUGAUAAAAAACUUUGCAAAGUUAGAGUGAUUGAUAGAAGAAAGAAUAUAUUCAAAUUGAGUCAGGGCGAAUUUGUUGCUCCAGAAAACCUUGAAAAUCUCUUUAUUUCUCGAACCCAUUUUAUUGAUCAAAUGUUUAUUUAUGGAAACUCUUUAAAGUCCUUCUUGGUGGCAGUCAUUGUUCCAAAGAAUGUUCACAUUCUCAAAGACAAAGUGAAUAACAUUUUGAGACAACAAAAUCUUGAAGCACAAGAUUCAUUGGAUUAUUCAAGAGGAUGCGUCGCCUACAAGGUCAUUAUGGAAGAAAUUAUUGCAGCUGCAAAAGAAGAGAAAUUAGAAGCUUAUGAAAUUCCAAAGGCAUUCAUCAUUGACCCCGAGAAGUUUACACCUGAAAAUGGUAAACUUACAAGUUCAUUCAAGGCAUGUCGUCCUGCUUUGAAUAAGGCAUACAAACAGUCGUUGGAAGAUUUAUAUCAUCAAGUGGAAAAGGAGUCUGAUAUUUCUUCAAUUGAUUCUGUUCAAAACAAGGAUGAACUUAGAAUGACACUCAAUAAUAUUUUCCAAAAUGGAGGUGUUGUCGAUUCUCUGAGCUCUGUUCGUCUCUCAAACAUUCUCAUGGAAAAGUUUGGAAUUUACAUCACGGCUGAUAAGAUUUUGCAAGGAAAGAAUUAUUCAGAUCCUGUCGAAAAGAUUAUGCAACUCAUUGAAGAUAGAGCCAACAAUGAUGAUCUUUCACUCACAAACCAGCCAAGGUUCAAGACUCCAUCCGAUAUUGAAGCUGAGGUGAGAAAUUUCCUUGAAUCUGUACCUUCUCUUCAUGAACCAGAGGUUUUGAAUUCAAUGAAUACUCAAAUUUUACAUUCAACUCCCAACAACGUACUGAUCACUGGAGCUACGGGCUUUAUUGGUGUUGGUUUGUUGUGUGAACAAUUGAUGCAUAAUCUCAAUUGUUCUGUCUAUUGCAUUGCAAGAGGAUCUAACACUGCAGAUGCAAAGAGAAGAGUUUUUGAUAAUGUCAUUCAAUAUUGCCAUGGUCUCUCUACUGAAUACAUUCAAACAAUCCGAGACGGCUUUGAACAACGAUGCAAAAUUUUGCUCGGUGACAUUUCCCUCCCAAGACUCGGACUGAAUGAGGAAACAUGGAAUGAGUUAUCCACUCAACUUGAUUCCAUUAUUCAUUGCGGAGCCAAUGUCAAUUUCAUCAUGAACUAUGACCAAUUGAGAAGUGUGAAUGUUGGUAGUGUGGUCGAAUGUUUGAAGCUGUGUACCGCUGGAAAUAAGCUCAAAUCUUUGCAUUUUGUUUCUUCUAUUAGCGUGGUUCCAAUUAGCUUACUCCAUCAAUAUUCAAAUCCACAACAAGCCAUGAUUGCAGAGGAGUUUGUUCCACUCAACAUUGAAAACUUCACAUCUCUUUCAUCAGGAUAUCCACAAACUAAAUAUAUUGCUGAACAUGUAUUAAGAUUGGCCAUUGAAGAAAAGAAUAUUUCUCCAAUUUUGAUUUAUAGACCUGGACUUGUUGUUGGACAUUCAUUGAAUGGUUUCUCCAAUGUUCGAGAAUGGAUCUCACGUCUAAUUUGUGGUAUCAUUCAGUUAGGAUAUGCUCCUCAAUUAUCGACUGAACCUAUAGAAAUGGUACCUGUUGAUUUUGUUGCCAAAAGUAUAAUUUCAAUUGCAAAUACUUCGGAAUUGAAUCAAUAUUUAUAUUCCUUUGACUCUACACAACGAAUGAAUGUUUUCAAUUUGAUCAAUACGAAUCAUGGAAAUCCUAAUGCUUCACUCUCGUUGAAUGACAUUGUAAGACACAUGAAACGAAUGGGAUAUAGCUAUAUUAAGGAAGUUCCAUAUUUAUCAUUUGUGGAAAUUUUGAAAGAAGAAAUGAAUCAUGCUGAAAGAUAUCCCACCAUGACUAACGAAAACUCAAUUUUUGGUAUUCUUAAUUUAUUCCCUAACACUGUUCAACAUUUUCGAACGUCAUCACCUCUCGAUGGCCAUUUGAGCUGUUCCAACGUAGUGAGAGCUUUACAAUUUAUUGCCCAUGAGAAACAAUCAGAAGAAAUCAUUUGCCCAUGCAUGAACAACGAUCAACUAGUAGAAUUGUACAUCAAAUACUUUAUGAGAUGUGGAGAUAUUGAUCCACCUCUUAAUAAUUAA